AUGUCAAGUUAUUGUUUUGAGCAAGACAUCAAAGAUUUUACUUCUCCAAGAUUCAUUUUAGAUGGUGCAACUCCUUAAGUAGAUCCUAAAGUUGGUUCAAAUUCAGAUGUUUAAUUUUAAUCAGAAAUCAGUAAUAUGGAAAGUAUGAGAUCAUUAAAAUAAGAGACUAUGAUUAAUAAAAAUAAAUUAGUGAAAAACAAUUCAUAACUUUUUUAAAUUAAGUUUGAUGUAUUCCUAUUAAUAAAAUUAGUAAUCAGUUAAUAAGAAAUUUCAAAACACUCGUAGUCAAUUUAGAAAUGAGAAUAAUUAAAAUGAUGGAGGAUAAUUAAAGUAAGUAUUUGGCAAAUAAAUGCUCUUAAGAUUUAAAGAAAGGUUGUUAUCAAAUGCUCAUAUAUUAACAAAAUAAAUGAUGGAAGAAAAAAAAAAUUUACUUAAUAAUUUAUUUUUUGAUGAUUCAUUAUUAGAGGAUAAAAGAACUAAAAAAAAUUAAACUUUAAGUAAAUUAGAAUAAUUGUUAUUGUUUCCAGUAUUUUUACCUUAAGAUAGAUUUGUUAAAAUAUGGAGUUUAUUUAGUAUUUUGUGUAGUUUUUUUAUGUUAUGGCUAUCUCCUUUUAUUGCUUCAUUUUAAUUAUAAAAAAGUUAAGAAAUAUAAAGAAUUAUAGAAAUAGUGUUUAUAUAUUUAUUUAUUGAUGGUUUAAUUGCAAAUAACAAAGCGAUUUUAGUGCAAGGAGAAGUAUAACAUUGAAAUUAAAUAAAUUAGCUGAUUGUGGGGAGAAAAAGAAUCAUUUAAAAUUAUCUUAGAUUUUAAAUGGUUAAUGAUCUUGUUAAUUUCAUAAUCUGGUUAAUAAUGUAUUAGGGUGUAGAUCAUUUUUAGAUAGCAUAAUGUUUAUCAGUAAUUUAAAUAAUUAUAACAAUAUUUACAGUUUAUACAAAGAUUAAUAAUUUUGUUGAUUGUCUUUAUUUAAGUAGUCGUUUAAGUGAAAUUUUAGAUCUAAUAUUUUUAAUAAUCUCUUUAUAUUAUUUUAUACAUAUAAUUGGAUGUUUAUGGCAUUAUUUAGCUAUUGUAAGUGAAGAUUUAAAUUUAUUAUCAUGGUUAAGUAAAUAUUCUUUAUAAGAUGAAUCUCAUUGGAUUAAAUAUGAUUAUGCAAUAUAUUGGGCAACAAUGACAAUGGUAACAGUAGGAUAUGGAGAUAUAACAGCAGCAAAUCCAAUAGAAAUAGUAUUUUCUAAUUUUACAAUGUUUAUCAGUAGUUUUGUGUUUGCCUAUUCUGUUAAUUCUAUUGGAAUGAUCAUUAAAAACUUUUAUGAUCAUAAAAAUUAAUAUAAGUAAAUAUUAUCUAUUUACAAUUUAAUAGAAGAUAAUUAAUACUUAUCAAUACAUUUAUGAAGAAUAAUUUAGUUGAUGAUUCUAUAUAGAAUAGAGUUAGAAAUUAUUUAAAAAAUUAAGUAGAUUAAGAAAGUAAAAGUAAUCAAGUUGAAGUAAUAAAUUAUUUUAUAUUUAAAGGCUCAUUAAAUAUUAGACAAUUUACCUACAGGAUUGAAAAACGAGGUUAAUUUCAAUAUAUAAGCAAGAAUCAUAAAGAAUAUGAAGAUUUUAUACGAUAAUUUUUCAAAAACAACAAUAAAUUAAAUAACAUCAUAAAUUGAAUAAAUUAAUUAUAUUCCAAAUGAUGUGAUUUAUAAUCCAGAAGAGAGACAUAAAGAUUUUCAUAUGUAAAUAUAAUUUAUUUAUUAAUUAGUUUUUAUAUAGAUUCAGGUUAAGUAAAAUUAGUAGAAAUAAGAACUCAAAAAAUUGUAUAGACUUUUAAUUAAGGAUAGAGUUUUGGAGAAUAUUAAUUUAUAAGUGGAUUUGAUUCUAAAUUUAUGAUAAUAAGCUCUUAAUUUACUUAACUAUAUAAAAUAUCUAGAUUAGACUUUGUAAAAGUACUUCAGAAUAAUUAAAAAGAUAAAGAACUAUUUUAAUAAAUGAAAGAUCAACUUAUAUAUUUAUCUGAUUAUAGUUUGAUAGGUAAUAAAUGUAAUUUAUGCAAUAAUGAUGAUCACAUGAAUAGUGAUUGUUUCUUAAUUUCUUAUAAACCUAACUUAGAAGCUUUAAUAAAAAGAGAGGGAUUCACUAUAUAAUAAAGAAAACUUAUCAGAAGAAAUGAUAGAUAGAAAUUAAAAGUUCUAAAUUAAAUAAAUGUAAUUAAUUAUUAUAAUUAUUUAGGGUAUUAUAAAUACUAUUGUUUAAUUUUAAUAAGAAGAAUUGGUGGUUUCUAAUUAAAAUGAAACUUAAACUAUAAUUAGUGGAACUAAAAAAUAUACUACUAGAAGAUAGAGUGAUUUUAAAACUGAAACUCCUGAAAUGUAAUCAUUAAGUGAAUAAUCACCUGAUAUUAAAUAAGAUAGAAUCUAAGACACAAAUGUUUUGUCAAAAUUAAAUUAGAGAAGACAAUCAAAAAAUUUAACAGGAAAAUUUGCCACAACUUAAUAAUCAAAUUAACAUAUAGAAAAUAAAGAUAAAAGAAGAAUGUCUAUUGCUUUUUAUAAAGAAUCAAGCAAUACAAAUACAGAUAAUGUUAGUGCAUAACUUAUAUAGUAAAAAUCUUCAAAAUAAGGAUUAUCAUCUAAUGCUAUUAUUGAAAUUGAGGAUAAUAAUAAACAUUCAAAUAAAACUUUUAAUUUAGAUAUUGAUAAAUUAUUUUAAUUUUAAAAUUACAUGCCACAAAGUAAUGUUUAAAGUGUAAUAUUAAAUUUGAAUAAAUAAAAAUCUAAGAUUUCUUCAAUCUAUAUAAGCAAUUUGAAAAAAGCAUUUAAAUAUACUUUUUAUUAUAAAGUAGCUAAAUUAGCUUGUGGAAUGAGAUUAAUUCUUGCUUCAGCUUCCAGAAGAGUACUUAAACCAUCAGGUAUCAAGAAAAACUAAUUUUAAUUAUGA